AUGGCUGUUUCAGUAUCCGGUGAUGCAGAAGCACCCUCGAUGUCAGCGGAUUCUACCACCAAACGCCGCAGUGGAGGUUGGAUCACUUUUCCCUUUAUGAUGGCUACGUUGUUCUGCCUGACGAUAGCUACAUGGGGUUGGUUACUUAACUUGAUUGUCUUCCUCAUCGAAGAAUUCAACAUGAAGAGAAUCGCAGCCGCGAAGAUUGCCAACAUUGUUAGUGGUUUUAUCUUUAUGUUUCCAGCCAUUGGAGCCAUUGCAGCUGACUCUUUCUUCGGAACCAUUCCUGUUAUCUCAGCUUCAGCUUUGAUUUCUCUAAUGGGGGUUGUACUGCUGACUCUAACCGCUUUGAUUGACUCUUUAAGACCCAAACCUUGCGAAACAGCGUCAAGCCUAUGUCAAUCGCCUUCGCCAGUCCAGCUCGGCGUCCUUUAUACAGCCAUUACUCUAGCCUCUGUGGGAGCAGGUGGGAUGCGGUUCACUUUAGCAACUGCCGGCGCGAACCAGUUUGAAAAAACAAAAGACCAAGGAAGCUUUUUCAACUGGUUUUUCUUUGCUUGGUAUCUAGCCGCCUCCAUAAGUGCAACUGCCAUUGUCUAUGCCGAAGAAAACAUCAGCUGGACCUUCGGGUUUGGUCUCUGCCUAGCUGCUAAUCUGCUAGGCUUGAUGGCUUUCAUCGCCGGUAAACGAUUCUACAAGUAUGACAAGCCGUUGGGAAGUCCCUUCACAACUCUACUUCGUGUCAUUUUCGCCUCGGUAGUCAAAAGAAAGGUUGUGAUUUCCACCAAUGAGAAACACUACCACCGUGAAUCAACGGAAACACCCACAAAGAGUUUCAGGUUUUUUAACCGUGCAGCGUUGAAACAGGAAGAUGAGGUUAAACCAGAUGGCACAAUUCGCUACCCAUGGAGACUGUGCAGCGUUCAACAAGUGGAAGAUUUCAAAGCAGUCAUAAGAAUCAUCCCUCUUGCGUUAGCUACAAUAUUCUUGAGCACUCCAAUCACGACGCAGCUAAGUUUAACAGUUCUUCAAGGUCUGGUGAUGGACCGGAGUCUUGGCCCUAACUUCAAAAUCCCUGCAGGCUCCCUCCAAGUCAUAACACUCCUCUCCACUUGCCUGUUUAUCAUAGUCAACGAUCGGUUUCUCUACCCAUUUUACCAAAAGCUAAGCGGAAAGUUCCCUACACCUCUCCAACGAGUCGGGACAGGUCAUGUUUUCAACAUUCUAAGCAUGGCUUUGACUGCCAUAGUUGAAGCAAGGCGGUUGAAGAUAGUACAGAAUGGUCAUUUUCUCGGAUCAACAUCCGUUGCUGACAUGUCAGCCUUGUGGCUAUUCCCUCCUCUAGUCAUAGUCGGAAUUGGAGAGGCCUUCCAUUUCCCAGGGAAUGUAGCUUUGUGCUACCAAGAGUUUCCAGAGUCUAUGAAGAGCACAGCAACUUCGAUAACGUCGGUGGUGAUUGGGAUCUGUUUUUACACAAGCACAGCUUUGAUCGAUCUGAUCCAGAGGACCACCAAGUGGUUACCAGACGAUAUAAACCAUGCAAGAGUUGAUAAUGUUUACUGGAUUUUAGUCAUAGGAGGAGUCUUGAAUCUUGGCUACUUUCUUGCAUGUUCUUGGCUUUACAAAUUCAGAAACCUCGAGGAUGAUGAUCAUGAAAAAGAUGUUGCAGUCUCUCCCUCAUGA